AUGACAUUUGUUAGGGAAUUAGAGGUUGCUAGUCAAAAUAGCAGAGCAUUUAACGUGACACUAUGGUUUAUUUUCAUCUUCGGUUUGUUGAAGCUUGUUCCUUUUGCAUUGAGAUUUCUGUCCAUGGUCUUUGAUCUCUUUGUAUUACCACCUGUCAACUAUGCCAAGUAUGGUUGCAAAGCUGGUGACUACGCUGUGGUUACAGGUGCUUCCGAUGGUAUUGGUAAAGAAUUUGCUUCUCAAUUGGCAAGUAAAGGCUUCAAUCUAGUACUAAUCUCAAGAACUGAAUCAAAACUAGUUGCAUUGAAGGAUGAACUAGAAGGCAAAUUCAACAUUAAAGCCAAGAUCUUAGCCAUUGAUAUCUCUGCGGAUAGCAAGGACAACUACAACAAGAUUUAUUCCCUUUGUGAUGACCUUCCAAUCUCUAUACUAGUUAACAAUGUUGGCCAAUCUCAUUCUAUUCCUGUUCCAUUUUUGGCUACUGAAGAAGAAGAAAUGAGAAACAUUAUAACUAUCAAUAACACCGCUACCUUGAUGAUCACUCAAAUUAUUGCUCCAAUUAUUAUCAGAACAGUUAAGAAACACAGAGAAUCUGGGGAUAAAAAGUUGAAGUCUCAACGUGGUCUGAUCUUGACUAUGGGCUCCUUUGGUGGUUUGAUCCCAACCCCAUUGCUUGCUACAUACAGUGGCUCUAAGGCCUUCUUGCAAAAUUGGUCCUCCUCUCUAGCUGGUGAACUUGCAGCAGACAAUGUGGAUGUUGAGUUGGUUCUAUCUUACUUGGUUACUAGCGCAAUGUCAAAAGUUAGAAGAACCUCUAUGAUGAUUCCUAAUCCACGUACUUUUGUCAAGUCCACUCUGAGAAAUAUUGGCAGACGCUGUGGUGCCCAGGACAGGUAUGGAACGAUCACGCCUUUCUGGAGUCAUGCUAUCUACCAUUUUGUCAUUGAGGAAUUGUUUGGUGUCUACGCCAGAGUUGUCAACGAGAUCAAUUACAAAUUCCACAAGUCUAUCAGAAUUAGGGCUGUUAGGAAGGCUGUAAGAGAAGCCAAGCAAAACUGA